CCUAAUGUCACCAUGCCUGUCUCUCUGAGUGUCUGGCGGGUCAGAAUCGGCACUUAUCUCAGGAGGUAUCGCCAUGAUCCGAAGAAAGAAGCUGAACAAUCAAAAGAAAGUGAUAAUGCCAAUAGCGAGAAUUCAUCUAGAAAUGGUUGUUCACUAGUUGAAAAUGGCAAAGCUGUCAACACAUCCUGUCAACAACCUCCAUCUUCUGACGAUGUAGACCAGAAAACAGCCCAUACUGAAUCUCCAAGAAACACCAGCGAUAGUAAAGUCGACGUGCAUUAUCAAACUCUGUCGAUCUCGGUCAUUUCCGGUUGUGACAUCACCAACGGAUCUUCAUGUGAUUUCAGAAGCCCCGGAAAUAUCACUCAACAUGGGUUUCUGUGUGUUGAUGACCGUAAUCUUUCAACACGUUCAACAGGUUCGAGAGAAAGGCAAUCCAUUCCUGUCCCAGAUCCUUCUGACACCAAAGUUCCAAAGCCUUCUGACGUAGAUGAGUUGGAUAUGAGAUAUAUCACCAUUCAUCGCGUAUCACCUGCAAACUUCUGUACCUCCACUCAAAUAAGUAAAAAGGACCAACCUGGUGGCACGUCUGAUUCUUACUCACAGGAAGCUAGAGCCAUCACUGGUGCUCAAGAUGAUGACAAACAUGACGAGAAGGAGACAUCAAACACUAUACCAUAUUGUACAGACGGUAAAUCGUCACCUAGUUCUAAACUGGAUACAUGUACAUCUAGCAAUGCUGAAUACACUUCAUCGUGUACCAGGGGAUGGAUCACGAGAUGCACAAUGAGAUGGAUCAUUUGGACACUCACUUUCAAGAUGAAGCUUUCCAAUCAAGAGCGUGCAAGAGCAAUAGGAAUGUUGCAGUCUGGGCAGUCAUUUAGACAAGUGGCUCGAUAUUUCCAGGUUUCACCAACAACAAUUUCAAAUUUGAACCAGCAUUAUUUGGCUACUGAUGAAGUUAGAGACCGCCCUAGGAGUGGUCGACCUAGGGCCACCACCCCUGCAGAAGAUAGGAGGUCUCCAGGUGCCACCAUGCCUGUCUCUCUCAGUCUUUGGCGUGUCAGGAUCGGCACGUUUAUGCGUCGCAAGCAGAAAGCAUAUGACUACUUUUACUACCUGAGGAAUUAUGUUUAUGGUCUUAAAUUAAUGGAAAAGGCUAAGAAAGCAGCUCAACACUCAAGAGAAAAUAACAGAGGCAAUUGCCACAUCUCGUCUUUCAAUGGCUAUUCAUCUGGUGAAAAUGGCAAAACUGAUAACGCAUCAUGUCGACAACCUCCGCCUUCUAACGAUGUAGACCCAAAUCCCUCCCAAACUGAAUUUCCAAGUGAUCGUGAGGCUAAAAGUAGCAAAGUCGAAGCAUGUUCUCAGAUCAGUUACGUUGUGGACAUUGGCUCUUCGUCUCAUAAUAAAAGUCCCGAUCAGAUCGCUCAGGAUAUGUCUUUGAGUACCAAGGACCGUACUCUUUCAACAUGUUCAACCUGUUCAACAAAACAGGAAUCCAUUCUUGCCCCGGAACCUACCACGGCCUGUGACGUAGACGACGAGCUGGACCUGAGAUACAUAACCAUUCAUAGCGUAUCACCUGUAAACUACAAUUCAACUCAAACAAGUAAACCAGACCAACCAGACGGCACAUCGGAGUCAUACUCGCAGGUCGCAGAACAUCAUGAAACACCAAUCUUUCCAGGCAAUAUAUCUUAUUCACUCAGUGGAGAAGCAGAUGAAAUCAAGAUGAAGUACAAUGCUGUUGUGAUCACUGUGCUCCUACUGAUGUCUGGUGACGUGGAACCAAACCCGGGUCCAGAUACCAACCCUGGGAAUCUAACUGAGUUCGAACUCCAUCUCCUUGCUGACGGUAUGGAUCCAUCAGACUUCAGGAAGGUCGGACUAGCUCUAGGAUUCACCGAGGCUCAACUAAGUCGAUUCAAGGAAGACAACAUUGGCAACAUAAUGCUCGCUCUAUAUAAGAUGCUUUGCGAAUGGCUUAAGACAGUAAGGCAUCAAGAAGCGAGGGAAAUGCUAUCCAACAAGUUAAAAGACAUCAAUCUGAUACAACUGGCCGACAGUGUACAAAAAGGUCAGUAUUAUACAACCACCUACAUGAUCACUACUGCCAUGUAAAUAAACGCUAAUGAUAACAAUGAUAGUUUGACAAUGAGUCACAGUAUGACGAUGGAAAUGAUAAUGCUAAUAAUAAUGACAUACAAAGGCGAUGAAAAUAACAUUUAGACAAUAUACAAAUAGCGAAUAGGCAGGAGUGCAUGGUGCGAGAUUUCGCAUGAGGUGAAAGAAAGAUGCUAUAUUCAACGAGGCGUUAGCCGAGUUGAAUAGAGUAUCUCUUUCUUGCACCGAAUGUGAAAUCUCGCACCGUUGCACGACUAUGAAUGUUCGCUAUUUGUGUUGUACAACACCUCGGAAUCUAGAGAAAAUUUGAAAAAACAAGAGUUUUUCCCUUCAGUAAUGUAUUAAAAGGGAACGAAAAUAUUGAAAGCGAAAAGCAAAAUCCAAAGACGUUAUAAUCCACGAACGUAGAGGGCAGCAACACACAGCAGCAGUGUUGCUAUUAGGAAGGUCCACUCCAACGAACGUAGAGGGCAGCAACACACAAGCGUGUUGCUAUAAGGAAGGUCAACUCGAUACGCGCAUGCAGCUGAGCUGCGCGCGUAUUUUAUUGUUCAUGCCAACGAAAUCAAAUGCCGAUCCAAUACAACAACAAAUUAGUAGCGAUCAAAAAACGAAUAUGAAGAAUAUGACUACAACAUUAUCAAAGAUAACUUAAAAAAUAUGUUGAGGAAUAUACGUACAUAUAAAAACAUACUUUGAUAUUUAAAACUUUACAAAUAUAAGUUUCAGGAAACUAAAAUCAUUACCAAAUCGGUGAUUGUUGUUAUCAGCGAUUUCACCAGACGGCUGUAUUAGGUGAUUUGCGUCGAGACGAUUUUGUGACCACUCGCAAAGCAUUUCGGGAUUGAAUAUAACCACCUUAUUUUCUCUGAGCUCUUCGCUGAACCCAUCAUCACAGUGCAGCUGCAGCGCAGCGCGCAGCCAAUGCAAUGCAUCCGAUGCAUGGGUUGUUUUUUCGCCGUCCAUGCCAUGGUCUCGGACUCAGAGUUGAAAUUUAGACCCGGAUUUCGGGGAUACAGCGCCUUUAUUUCAGAUUUAUAGACUUAAAAGUCAAAUGACAUUUAAAAUUUGAAAUCUAACCUUGAACAAUCAUCGUUGAUAAACAUCAGCCCAGCAGCUAUUACACUUCAAAUCAGGCCAGGCAAAUUACACGUCAUUGUCUAAGUUGCUAGAUCUAUGACGAGUCGCCUGAAGCCCCAGCGCAUCAUCAACGUCACUAGCUAGCUGCGCGACCGGCCCAGACUCGGCGCACCCAGGCCAGAAAAAUGACCUCGAUUAUUACGGUGGUUGUCUAUGCAUUUAUUAGUGGUGCAGCGAAAUUCAGCAGAAGAAAAUAAGAGAUAUGAGGUAUCCUCGUCACAGGCUUAAUAUUCCAAAAUGAGGAAAAAUGUCAAAAUCAUGAUUAUUUAAGCUAAAUAUUUUCUUUAAAAAUUAAAGUGAUAUUUGUAAUAUUUAUACCCAGAAUAACCGAUCUAAUAAUUGUUCAUUAAAAAAUAUUUGAAAUUAACAAAUGAAAAAAAAUCAACUCGACAAAUUUCUCAAAACCCCACCUUAUUUUUUAAAGUGGUCACAAAAUUCGAGCGGAGUUGACCUUCCUUAGAGCAACACGCUUGUGUGUUGCUGCCCUCUACGUUCGUUGGUCCACUCGAUACGCGCAUACAGUUGAAGUACGCGCACAAUUAGGUAAGCAUGCCAACCAACGAACGUAGAGGGCAGCAACACACAAGCGUGUUGCUAUAAGGAAGGUCAACUCGAUACGCGCAUGCAGCUGAGCUGCGCGCGUAUUUUAUUGUUUAUGCCAACGAAAUCAAAUGCCGAUCUAAUACAACAACAAAUUAGUAGCGAUC